AUGGCGACCAACAUUUUACUGUUUUGUUUUGCAAUUUUCUCUGCAUUUCUCGUCAUUUAUUGCCAAAAUCAUGAGAGAACAUUGGCACCAAAGUUUUCAGUCAACCUGGAUUUGCCUCCUGAAGAUCGGUGGACCCAUGUCGUCGAGGUUUACAAGUCACAUAUACCGAUAAUAAGGAAGAGUUUGGCCAAAUACAUCCCACCAGAACUCAUGCCGUUGGUUGACUUUAUUGCUGACCAGUUUCACCUCUUCCUCCCAGAUGUGUUCACAAGAGAAAUUAAAGGUAUUGCAAAGGCUGCGGGAAUGCCAGCCGGGGAUGUCUUCCUACUUAACUGCUUGUAUGAAAUUACCUCGUUUUGUACCAGUAUCGUAGCACAGGAUUCUCACGGUCAUAUUAUUCAUGGCAGGAAUUUAGACUACGGUAAUGAUCCGGAAGAAACAGAGAUAUUCAAAAAUGCAACAAUUGAAAUAGACUAUCAGAGAAAUGGAAAGACCAUCUACUCUGCAACUACAAUACUUGGUUACACGGGCGUUGUGAAUGGGCAGAGACCUGGAGCAUUUACUGUGUCAUUUGAUGAACGAGAGAAGCAUGCUGGUGCAGCUGGUGCUGUUGAGAACUUCUUCAUGGCCUUUCUGGAUGGUGGAGUGCCAGAUCUAAUGCUCAUGAGAGAGGUUCUAGAAAAUGCCACAUCUUACAAAGAAGCAGUCCAGCAAAUAACGACGCGGAAGUUGAUUGCGGAUGGGUACUACAUCGUGGGCGGGGUCCAACCUGGUGAAGGUGCUGUCAUCACAAGAGAUCGAACAAGAGCGGCUGAUGUGUGGAAUCUUGACGCUGAUAAUUCCAGAUGGUUCUUGGUGGAAACAAAUUAUGAUCAUUGGCUGCCAACUCCUCAACAUGAUGAUAGAAGGUUCCAAGCCAACAAGGUAAUGAAAGGUAUCGGCCAGGCGAAAAUAAAUAAUGAUACAAUGAUGGAAGCCUUGAGCACACUGGAUGUCCUAAAUGGUAACACAGUGGUGACCUCUAUUAUGAGUGCAGCUGAUCCCUCCAUGUAUCGUUCCUGGGUGCGCUAUGAUUCGACUGGAUUGAAGAAAUCUGGCUAUCGUCAUGACACAGCACUGAAAUUCCAACCGUUGUCACAUAAAGUAAAGGAUUGGAAGAGGCUUUACUCUCCUGAGAGGUUCUCCAGGAAAAAGGGAAGAAAGUGACAUGGUUUUCUCAUCACUUAAGCUCACCGCAAACAAGCAAUUUAUAUCACUGCAACCUGCAAUCAGAACUCGUGAAACAAAAAUCUCUCAUCUGUAGUGGUCAUUGCAGGUUGUGAUACGGUUAUUGGUGUGACCUGCUAUCAAUGUCAAAACCAGCGAUUGCCGCUUUUACGUCCCAAAUAAGAGAAUCUUUUAUCACUCAUCGCAGCGAUAAUUGUUGCAGCAACAAAAAUAGCUUGUUUGAGGGGACUUUGGUAGGUCCCUUUUUGAUUCUCCUGUUUGACUCGUAACCAUCCAAGAAAAUCUGUGAUAAGAUACAGUAGUGUGAAAAAAUAUUAGAACACCCAACAAAGUUAGGAUAUUUCCUAUUCUCUGCCUUAAAAAACAGACUGGCUCACCUUAAGCUUUACCUAAUGACUUAUGAAUGUUGUGCACAGGAAUUUAAAGAUUUGGAUAAGAUAUCACGAAAACAUCACAAUUUGAAAAUAUCAUAAAAAAGACGUUUUUGAUACUUCAAAUAAUUGGUCCCAAAAUGAUGUCACAUCACUCUAUGGAUCGUUAUAAGAAUUCCCGAAGAAAGAAAUUCGGAAAAUCUCACUUCGCUUCGUGAUAUUACAAAUUAUCAACAUUUUGAUAUAUUUUGAAAGUUUCAAAAUUUGGACAAAAUUUUAAUGAUAUAUCAGGCUCUCAUAAACUAAACAAAGUGACUCCAGGAUAUUAUUUGAUUUGUUAUCCUAGGGGGAGAUCAUAAUUUGAAAAAUUAGCUGAAGAGGUGUCAGAUAACUCGUGAUAUUUUCAAAAUGAAAGGAGUUUUUAAGAAUUUUUUGGCAGGAUCUCUUAGAAUUGAUCAUAGAUGACAUUAGUCGUACUUCCACCUAUCAAAUCCCCGUGUCUUUUGCGCUUACACCUAUGAAUUGCCGUGUCUAAAUAGACCCAUUUGUCAAAUCCCCGUGUCUAUUAGCCCCAUCGAGCUCGAUGGGGCUAAUCUGGGGCCUUCUUCACAAAAGUCUCGCUAAGUAUUUGCGAAGCGAAGCGUUUGCGAGACCCAUGCGCAAUCGCUAACUUAGCGAAGCGAGCGUUUCACAAAGGCCUUCGCAAUAUUUCGCUAUGUCUUCGCUGUCCCUCUCUGCUAGCGAAUUCCCUAAAGUUCCGCAGGCGCGAUUACUGAUUACGUGAUCCAUUAACAAUGUCUGAAUGACUCAUACCGAUGCGUGUAUGCAUUGACCGGGAAGCCUUAACACACCUUUCUGGGGAAAGGGUGAGAACCCCGCCUGGAAAAAUUGAAAGGCCCAUUACUAGUACAUUAUAUUGUUCUCGUGCAAAGUAUGUUUUAGGAGGUCUUAGUCUGGGGGAAUCCCAUGGAACUAUUAUAUACCGGUACUUCAAAGUUUCAACAAAAGAAUUGCUUUCAGUCAUGGUAGGGACUUAAUGAAUACGAGUCCAGCCUCCUGACGGCCACAUUCGAUGAUUAAGUCGACCAUUUGAAUAAUGUGUCAGCUUACCAUAUUUGUGGAGGCAAAGCCAUCUCAUUUUCCAUCGUCCGAAUGCGUUCUCGAUCUUCUGCCGAAUUCUUCUGUGGUGGGCAUUGAAUUCGUCCUCCGCCGCAUCUCGUGGGUGACGUACGGGAGUGAUCAACCAAGGAAGCAAUGGGUGGGCACUAUCACCCAAUAAAAAGCCAUUUGGGAGCCCAUCGUUCUGAAAUUUACGAUUUAAUCUACAGUUGUUCCAGAUAAAGGCAUCAUGAGUACCACCUGGCCAUUUUGCCACCAAAUUGGUAAACUUCAAGGUAUGGUCACAUAUGCCUUGCACGUUGAUUGCGUGGGAAUGUUUUCGGCUGACGUAGGCUUCUUCUUGGACCGAGGGAGCCUUUAUUCCAACCAAGCUUCCAUCUGCACAGCCAAGUACAUUUGGUAUGCGGCGGCGCUCUUGAUUAUAGAAACCCUCUUUUACUUCUUGUUGGAGAUGGUGAUCUCGUGGAAAUGUUAUAACUUGCGACGCCUUCCUUUCCAGUGCUGUGGAAACUCUAUAAACAAUUCGUGACACAGAUGCUUGACUAAUGCCAUUGAGGUCCCCACUUACAAACUGCAGAUCUCCCGUUGCAUAAUAACGGAGGGCGCACAUCACCUGUAAACUUGCCGGUAAAGCAUGAGAUCGUUGUGUUGGAUGUUCUACAUCUUCUUUGAUCAAAUCCACAACUUCCAGAAUAACGUGACGUGGCAUACGAAACCUCUUCAUCAAGUCUACGUCAUCGUAAAUGUCCAGCGGAUUUACCCGGUCUCUAAAUAUCCUAUUUCGGCGAAAAUGUCGUUGAUUUUCCUCUUCUAUUGCAAAAAGGAGCGCCAUGUUUUUUUCGUGUGAAUGCUUUGCGAGAGCCCAAAAGCUCUCGCUAAAAUUAUGGAGUUAACGAGGGUUGAGCGACCACACUGCGAUUGCGAAGCGUGAGCAAUGUCUUCAUGAAAUCACCCGCAAUGCGUGCGAGGAGUUUGUGAAGACACUGCGAAUUCGCUAAAUUACCGACGACCUGGCGAAGCGAUUGCGUAGCGAGGCUUUUGUGAUUAGAAAAUUUUGCUAGGCGAGGUGUUUGCGAUUGCGAAGCGUUUGCGAGGCUUUUGUGAAUAAGGCCCCGGGUGCUAAUUUAGACCCAUGUUCAACACAGAUUUUUUGAUAGGAGGAAUCUGAAUAGACACGGCAAUUGCAAGUUCUAAGAUCCGGCGACAGAUGGCGUGGUGUAGUUGCCUCGGUAUUGCGCAUGCGAAAUUCCCCUCCAACGGGAAAGAAACACAGGAGAGCUCCCUACCUACAGCGCACCUGUCGCCGGGGCUAUUAACAUGAUCAACCAUUAUCUAACACCACUGAUAGGUGUAAGUGCGCCCCGGGUUUUUUGACACACGGCGAAGACACGGGUCUUGAAAAAACACGGGGUUUUAUGAAAGGUGGAACUACGACUAUUAGUUUGCGAUGAAUUAUUUGAUGAAUGAGACAGUUGGGUUUGUCAUGAUAUUUACAAAUUGUAAUGUUUUCCUGAUAUUUUGUCUACAUCUUUAAAUCAGCUGGAGGUAAGCCUGUCCAGCAAAGAAAAGAACAGAAUGUUGUGUAGAAGUGAGAAAUAUCCUAACUCUAUGGACUGUUCUGAUAUUUUUGCGCACUACUGUAUGCAUAAUGAUAAUAUUCGUCGCAUGUAAAAAGCUAAAUUCGAAAUAAGAUUUAUCAUCAUCAUUAUCAUCAUCAUCAUCAUCAUCAUCAUCAUCAUCAUCACCAUCAUCGUUUAACAUAUUUCAAAGACUUAACAUCACUUCGGACUGUUGAAUUUACAGCUGCUUUAGUAUCAGUAUUUAUUUUCUAGACAAAGUAUUCUAUUUUAUCAAUUACACUACAGGGUGUAUCAAUAGAAACGGAACAGUUGCUAUUUUCCCCAAUAUUUAAAACUCUAGUUAGAUGUGACAAAGACAUGUAGGUCAUAUUAUGCGUCUGGAUCUCAAUACCUGGAUCGAGUGACAACAAUUUUCCUACCAUCUGGGCAUUACUUAAGAAUUGUAUGCAGUGAAUAAGACACAGAGCAUCAAUUCUGUCCUGGAGUUUUAAGUAUUAGGGAAAAGAGCAACUGUUCCGUUUUAUUUAUACACCCUGUAGAGUUUGUUGGUUAGCAAGUAAAAAAAAUCUAUUGUGUAAUUGUGUUCCAAGACAUUUUUUUGUGAAACGUAAAGAGGGCUGACUUGUCCCGUGCGCGGAUUAGACAUUUUUUUGUGUUGAUUGUGACUUCGUGCUCAAACAAAAUUACUGUUGAUUUGUGUAAAAAGAUUCAUCAUCUAUGUAGCGCCGUCUGGCGUAUGUUGAGGUAAUUAAACGCUUCAUGUCAACUAGAA